UCGCUCCUGUUGUCAGCCAUAGGCGCCCUUAGGGACAGCAGAGUACAAAACUGGAGCAAACAACUGAGGAUGUCAUCCUGUUUGGCUCAGGAGGUUCACCUUGCUAGAAGACACGAGGAGAUACUGUCUCAGAGAUCAGAGCUGCUACAGCAGAUGGAGACUUAUCUAAGAGACAAAAAGACUAAAAAGACAUGGCAAACUCAAGCAGCUGAUGCAGCUCAUAAAAGGAAUGCAGCACUUUUAAAUGAUAUAGAAGCAGCAGAAAAAAGGCUGCAAGAAAGAACAUAUUUACUUCCACAUCCUGAUACUGUUAAGUUAGAAACUCUCUAUUGGGCAUCAAUAAAAGAAUCUCUCCCCAAAUGGGAAGAGUUUCUUUUAGGAAGAGCAGAAGUUCCUAUUGGCUUUAAGAAAAUGAAAGCUACAAAGCAGAGCAUAAACUACUCUGAAGAAGAUUCACAAAAAUAAACAUUUUAGUUUCAUUUUGUUUUGUAAUUUAUCACUUAAACAGAUAAGAUCAUCCAGAUAUCAACAGAAUAUCAUGCCAUUAAACUGAAAUGUAAAUAAUUUAAAUUAAAAUGAAUUACAUAGGAUUAUUUAAUUCCAUUGUUGCAUUGUGUACGAUUCCUUAUUUUUAUUCUGUACUAGAGAAGCAAUCCUCAAAUGGGCUUUUAGUAUCAAGAAUGAGAAACAUUUGUGUAUAGAUUUCCACCAAGGCAAUUGGGUUUUCAGUGUGAGAAGGGUUUUAUGUUAUUUUUAAUUCUCUGCUUCUACAUAUAAGUGCGAUAAGUAAAGACAGAUUCUUGCAUUAUCUUUCUUCACUUCAGUCAUCUGUGCUGCAUGCAUUCUGCGUGGAUGAGUCAGGAAGGAAGAAUUUACUGUUAGCAAAAAGGCAGACUGUGCAUCAGAGUUUAGCAGUUCCUGCAGGAACCUGUGCAGGAAGAAACUUGAAGAAUUUCUGCAUCUGGUUUUUCCCUGGUUUUUUUGUCAUUGCCACUUUCAUCACUCAUACCCCUCACUCCAGGCAGCUUUUCCCAACCUCCUUCUGCCUGCAUUGUAUUUGUUGUCUAACGGGUGGGCAAACGAAUCUCUAGGGCUUUGUGCUACCUCUAGGCUGCUCUUAAUUCUGUUUUUUUUCUGCUGAUAAAUCUACAAGUGAGAACUUCUGAGGUACAGGAAGUUUGAAGAAGCAAACUGAAAGGUCACUGGCAGUGGGAAGUUUGAAGAAGCAAACUGAAAGGUCCCUGGCAGGGGCUUUCCACGAGUCUGGAAAGCUUUUCAAUGACCGAAAAUGAAAAUAUUACAUCUGCAACUUCUAGAAGUUGACUUUGAUAUCUCGUAGAAUUUGAAGGUGUAAUAUUUUCAUUUUCAGUUAUUGUGAAAAAUUCACUGGUACACAACUUUUAGAAAUGUCAGUUUCAGUGGAAGAUCCUUUCUGGUGUGUGACAUGGCCUGCAAAAAAAUUUCUUUCCUAAGCAAAAGAAGCUGAUAAAAUAUUAAUUUCUUUUAUUGUUAAGAACCUGGACAGAUUAACAGUCAAUAUACUGUUAAAAUUUAAUCUCUUGCAAAAACAUCAUUCCACCCCCAACCUGGAAGUAGUAGGGAAAAAAAAGUACCUCUGCCAGUGUGUGAGGAUAUGAAAAUGUAAUGAUUGCAAAUAUUACUAGUCUGCUAGUUAUCUGAGCUAUGCAUCUUCAUACUACAUAGAGAGAGACUCCAUCGUUCAAAAAACAUUAUAUUCCUAUGCAACAUGAAGAAUCACUGACACAAUAAAAUCAAAACUUUAGGUGCAAUAUUAAAUUGUGUAUUUUCCACAGGAAUAUUAGGAGUUCAUUUUAAACUUUUUCUAUUGAAGUGUCCAUUAAACUGAUAACUUUUUACAGAAACUGCCAUCUUAGAAUUAUCCUGUUGAGUGGGUGUUGGUGUUUGUAACAAUAACGUUGUUUUCAUAAUAUGUGAUGGCAGAUUAGCACGCUUCUCUGCAGUGUUGUUAACAGUUGUAAUUAAGGAAUAAACAGUAAAGGGUGUCAGUCCGAUGACAAUUUCAUCUAUAGUGUCACAAUACAAAAUGUCACAAAAUAUUAGAACUGUUAUAUAACUACAAAAAUAUCAAAUUAGGCUUUCAUCUUACAAGCUGAGAGCUUAAAAAAAACUUGGCAUAGAGACCAUUGCAAUUUUAUACCUACUCAGUGUUCUGUCACAAAGACAACUUGGUAAUAUUUUCUUCUGUAAACUCACAAUGUGAUUCUCAGUCUGAUUUAGUAGGAAUGUGUAUGGAUCUUACAGUUGUAUAGCUCACGUUUAAAAAGCAAAUAAUUGGAACCAUUUGAGCACACAAGAAUGGAAAACCUAUUCUAGAUGAUACUCAGAAUGAAGGGAUGGAUGAGCAGUUACUAACAAUGGGACUCAUCCUGUUCUUUGCAUCCAAAGGGAAAUCACUUCAACAAAAAUCUGGGCCCCUAAAUACUUGAUACAUGGAAUAAUCCGAAUCUUUAUCUCUUCUGACUCUGCCUAACCACUGGGACACGAUGCAGGUUCUCACUCUCCUUGCCCUGGUGCUUUCCCCUGGAAGGAGAUCUGGCCGUGUGGGCCUGGAGUGCAUGGCAGCUCCAUGGGUGAGAGUUUGGCAAUGUGCAUGAAAGGCACCUGCAAGCAGGGUUAGAGAGCUUACCCUGCUGCACUUAGGUGCUCACAUAGCAUGCCUGAGAGUAAAAUGAAAUUAUCUUCAAGGAAGGAAUUUAAUUUUAUUUCCUGCAGCAUAACUUUAGAAGCAAUAGGGCAACUAGUUCAAGGAAAACUAUGUAGGAACAUGUCCAGGAAAAUAACAACUGGAUGAAGAGAACCAUUUAAAGCAGGAAUAUGUGUAGGUGACUGUUCUCAGAGACAAGGGCCUUCAUGUUGGCCUGUGGUUUGAAACAAAUAAAUGGAAUUGCCUAUGACUGUGAAAUAGCACAGUAAUAGGGACAGGGGCAAGUGUCUGCUGAGUUGGGCCAUGCAGUGGCAAGGAACCAUAAUUAUAUGGGAUCUCCUGUUCUACUUACAUUUGUUGAGUUUAAUUUGCCAUGGCUGGGCUAGCUUGAUACUUGCCUUUUUAUAGAUACAGAUUUGAGAAAGCAAAUAUAAAAUUUUGGUGUGCUUUAAAAAAAUUUAAGAAUCUCCCUAAGUGAUUUGUACUGAUAUACCUAUGAGAUCUUGAAUGGGUAUUCUUCACCAGAUCAAGGCAGUCAUUUCAAACAUAUUGAUUCUAUGUAGUUAUACCCUAUCUUAUCCCAAGCAUUUCUAUAUAUAAAAGAAAAUAUAAAAUAUAGGAAUUACAUCAUAUAUAUCUGUUGUAAUUUCCUACUCAUUGUGAGUAAAUUUUUUCUCAAAAUAAAAACAAACUCACCACGUCCACCCAAAAGAACAAAAAAACCAAAGGCAAACAAAAAAAAAAGCCAAAAAAAAGAAAACAAAAACACACCCCCCCCACCAAAAAACUUCUUAUUCUAUAGUCUUGACUUGCUGCUUGCCCUUUUGUGUUCCAAUAUAUGUAUAUAUAAGGUGCAGCGGUCCUCAGGGCCUGUUGCUUUUCUGUUAGGUGGGGAACAGCAACUGAGUAAAGAGCAGUGAGAAAAGGUCGUCUUGUUUGUAAGUUAAUAUUGUAGUAUCUUGCAAGAAGAAAUAAUUAAUCAUACUUUUCUAGUUUAAUGCACAGAUGAGUAACCCCAAUACUAAUCCAGGAGCACAGCCUGUUUACCCAUCUUGUCACCUCUACCAUCACAUUCUCAAUCUUUUUACUUUCUCAGUUAUUCUGGCUGUGGGGGCAGGAGCAGAAGGCAAGGCAUGUUACUUUUUCCUAACAUAAGAAAUUUCUUACUCUGCAGAAUCUUCCACAAGCCUAUUAAUUUAAUUUGAGAGUAUAUUGAAAUAGUAAGUUGGUUUACAUGCAUAUCUGACACUAUGGUAUCCUCUUGAUUGUAUUUAUUCAGGAUCAUGUUUUCAUAGAAGUUGGGAGCUAAUUUUUAGGCUGAGCUUAUAGUUCUUAAUUUGUGUCUUUUUCAUUCACAUAGACCAGGUUGGGGAUGUAGUUGCUCAGUUUGAGCUUGUUGGUACUGAAAAAUAAGAAAACCAAAUUUAAAAGGGAAUGUACUUUCAGAUAUAACCUCUAAAAGAAAACAUUAUUUACUCCAUAAUGGUAAUUUUCAUAAUAUUUUAAUACUUGUGUUCAGAUACAACUUGACCUUAAAUAUCACCCCAAAUGCAAGCUGUUUUAACAUAUUUGUAAUGCUAAGGUCUUCAUUACUGUGAUAUUCUGUUUGCUCAAGGAUUAUAAUCCAUGGAUAUACUGUGUUAUAGUUGAAAUAAAGCUUUGAUCAGUGUUGCAUUCCAUGUA